CUGAACUGUCAGGGGAAAUGUAAAGGUGAAGUCAAAAGCAAGAUUCGAUCUGAGGUAAUACAUUUUAUAAGUGCUUACUAAUUAUCUAAUAGGGAGAGUAGGAAGACAAAAUAAUAGAAGAACAAAUUAGGCGACACAUCACCAGUUUUAAGGCGACAAAUCACCAAUUUUAAGGCGACACAUCACCAAUUCAAAGGCGACACAUCACCGACUCACACUUCUUAAUCUGAACUGUGAUUGGAAAUUUAUAGGUGAAGCCAAAGGCAAGAUUCGAUCUGAGGUAAUAAAUUACAUUUUUUUAUCCUUUUAUUAUCUAAUCGUGAAUGUAUGAACACAAACAUUAGAAAAAAACACUUACUGGUGUGUGCAUGACUUUGUCUUAAUAUUUUAUAUACCUUAAAUUAAAAGACAUCUUGGUAAAAAGGUAAUGUUAAUGUACGCGUGUUUAAACGCCUAGGGUCAUUUGGAAAGUAAAGACUCGAAAUAAAGUGUACACUCAUGGCUGUUUAUACUCAUCCCCAAAGAUAGUAGACCAUGACACCGUAACAUUAUAUUACAAUGAUGUAAAUAAAAACAACACGACUGUCAAAUGAAAUCUUUCAACAUUUGUGUGUUCUAUGAUAACAUAGAGUUUAUAGAGAUUAAUGCUUCAAUAUACGUUAAAUUAAACCUACCCAUAGUGUCUUUUAUAAAUAAAAAUGUAUGUCAUUAAAUACAUUAGGUUCUUCGUGUUGAUAUUUAAAAGCAAAAUGUUAUCUAAUGACAAGCUGGUAUUGCGUAAAAUUUUAAAUUACAUUAACGCAUUAAUUACCAAUGGAUUUCCUUAAUCUCUAUGACUCUCUAUCGUGUGUGUGUGCUUGUGUUACUCUCAUUGCUUUACGCCAUCUGUUUCAUCACAAAUAACAAUUCUUUAGAUCGGUGUGUAUAGCUGUACCGCUGUGAUCAAUUGGCGCGCUAAAUAAAUUUUACAGAAGUUAUCGCUAAUGGGGAUUCUAAUAAAGUGCCUUAUUUGAAUGCAUGUUUUGACAAGUAAACUUCGUAGUUUGGUGAGUUCACACAUGGCUGCCACCGUCAUGGUUUGUUGGUUUACUUUUAGUGUGAUCAUAAUUAUUGUGCUGUGAAUUUUUUCCUCAGGAGAACGAUCAGAGGGACACCACCAACCAUGUCAAAGGUGUAUCUGAUAAGUAAGUUUUAACGUCAUUCCAUACUUUGAGUUUAACAAUGUUUUAACCGAUAAGUACGUUUUAACGUCAUUCCAUACUUUGAGUUUAACAAUGUUUUAUCUGAUAAGUAAGUUUUAACGUCAUUCCAUACUUUGAGUUUAACAAUGUUUUAACCGAUAAGUACGUUUUAACGUCAUUCCAUACUUUGAGUUUAAAAAUGUUUUAACCGAUAAGUACGUUUUAACGUCAUUCCAUACUUUGAGUUUAACAAUGUUUUAUCUGAUAAGUACGUUUUAACGUCAAUCCAUACUUUGAGUUUAACAAUGUUUUAUCUGAUAAGUAAGUUUUAACGUCAUUCCAUACUUGAGUUUAAAAAUGUUUUAACCGAUAAGUACGUUUUAACGUCAUUCCAUACUUUGAGUUCAACAAUGUUUAAUCUGAUAAAUGAAGUUUUAACGUCAUUCCAUACUUUGAGUUUAAAAAUGUUUUAACCAAUAAUUACGUUUUAACGUCAUUCCAUACUUUGAGUUUAACAAUGUUUCAACUGAUAAGUAUGUUUUAACGUCGUUCCAUACUUUGAGUUUAACAAUGUUUUAACUGAUAAAGUAAGUUUUAACGUCAUUCCAUACUUUGAGUUUAACAAUGUUUUAUCUGAUAAAGUAAGUUUUAACGUCAUUCCAUACUUUGAGUUUAACAAUGUUUUAACUGAUAUGUACGUUUUAACGUCGUUCCAUACUUUGAGUUUAACAAUGUUUUAACUGAUAUGUACGUUUUAACGUCGUUCCUUACUUUGAGUUUAACAAUGUUUUAACUGAUAAGUACGUUUUAACGUCGUUCCAUACUUUGAGUUUAACAAUGUUUUAACUGAUAUGUACGUUUUAACGUCAUUCCAUACUUUGAGUUUAACAAUGUUUUAACUGAUAAGUACGUUUAACGUCGUUCCAUACUUUGAGUUUAACAAUGUUUUAACUGAUAUGUACGUUUUAACGUCGUUCCAUACUUUGAGUUUAACAAUGUUUUAACUGAUAAGUACGUUUUAACGUCGUUCCAUACUUUGAGUUUAAGAAUGUUUUAACGGAUAUGUACUUUUUAACGUCGUUCCAUACUUUGAGUUUAACAAUGUUUUAACUGAUAUGUACGUUUUAACGUCGUUCCAUACUUUGAGUUUAACAAUGUUUUAAUUGAUAAGUACCUUUUAACGUCGUUCCAUACUUUGAGUUUAACAAUGUUUUAACUGAUAUGUACGUUUUAACGUCGUUCCAUACUUUGAUUUUAACAAUGUUUUAACUGAUAUGUACGUUUUAACGUCGUUCCAUACUUUGAGUUUAACAAUGUUUUAACUGAUAAGUACGUUUUAACGUCGUUCCAUACUUUGAGUUUAACAAUGUUUUAACUGAUAUGUACGUUUUAACGUCGUUCCAUACUUUGAGUUUAACAAUGUUUUAACUGAUAUGUACGUUUUAACGUCGUUCCAUACUUUGAGUUUAACAAUGUUUUAACUGAUAUGUACGUUUUAACGUCAUUCCAUACUUUGAGUUUAACAAUGUUUUAUUGCCAAGAACGCUGAAUUGAAGUCUACACGCGUAUCCCUUGUUAAAAAUGUAUCUGAAUUUCAAAAUGGCUCAUAAUUUGCAAACGCGACAGACGAAAUCGAUCAUAAAUAAAGAAAAGGAAGAUGUGUUGUUUACCUAGAGUCCACUGUGCUCUUAACAAUGAUAUGCAAACAAUCAAGAAAUAUUGAACUUUCUUCUCUUUCCACAGUUGCCCUGGCAACAGCCACCCUUUUAGGUAGGUGACCCUAUGGCUGGCCUGUAGUUUGCAUUUGCUUGCAAUCCUGGCGUUAUAAAUGGGUACUUGUGUUCCCCUAUUCACAUUCUAUGAUCAUUUAAAAAAAAAAAAAUAGGCUCAACUCAUAGUCAAUUUUUUUUAAAACUUAAUUUCGUUGUCAAUGCGCUUUGAACAUUAACUUUAAUGAAAAAACAUAUGUUUGGAGUUACACAAAUGAUUGGGAUUAGAAAGAAUAGCAAUGGGAAGAAUAGGUCUUCGGUCAAUGCUCGAAAUGUGAGAAUGUCAAACAAUAUUUUAAUGAUUUUAAUAUAUAUAUAUAUAUAUAUAUAUAUAUAUAUAUAUAUAUAUAUAUAUAUAUAUAUAUAUACACAUACAUAGCAUCUCUUAUAUAUAGAAAGUUGUUUAAACAGAAUAUAAAAAAAAAUUAUAUAUAUAUAUAUAUAUAUAUAUAUAUAUAUAUAUAUAUAUAUAUAUAUAUAUAUAUACACAUACAUAGCAUCGCUGUUAUACCGAAAGUUGAUUAAACUGAUUAUACUAAAAAAUGAAAGAUCCCAAAUUAUUUUUGGGUUAUAUUACAACUUAUAAGAUAAUUGUAUCAGAGGCACAGCUGAUUACGGUAUCUGAGUUUAAAACAGUUUCAGUCUGCUCUACCCAUGCAUUUUUAAUACAGCAAUAUUUCAAUUUUUUUUGUCUAUUUCACAGGAACCGUCAGCUCUCAAGAUACAACAAGCCCGGCAGCGAAUGGAACGACAAUAGCUUCAACUACAGAUUGUUAGUUGGGGAACACCAUCAACAUCUUAGCGUUACACACACUACCGAGACUCCAGUCUGCAGAUACAGACGACACAUUUAAAUUACAUAGAAAUGGUCCUUUACUAACCUAUAUUUUUAAGACUGCCUGACUUUCUGAAAUCUUCCUAGUCAGCGAUACUCUUAUUCUUCCCUAUACAAAAUUAGCACAGUGUCAAAAAGAAAAAAAAAGGAAAAUAAUUAUAAGAGAAAAACGAAAAUAUAAUUUCAAAGCUAAGUCUCUAAAGUGAUUUUUUUUAAAAUGUAUAUGUCUUAAGCGUAUAUCCAGUUCUACGCCAACUAGUAGAUAUUGCUUAUACAAACAAAUUCAGAAAAGAAACGAUAAAUAAGGAGCUAGCUCCUUUCGUAGCGUGGACAGAUUCAUGACAACCGUGAAACUAAAUUACCCGAGUGGCAUUGUUUUCUACCAACAGUUCACAUAAAAAAUGCUUUCUCUAAUCCUCACAGACAUUUUAGUUCAUACACAUGUAUCAAUGUCCGGUAUUCUUUUUCGUAGUCCAUUUCUAACGCAAUUCUGUACUUUAGAUUGUUCCGGUUAUUUAUUAACUGGUUUCCUUAAUGAAAGCUGAGUUUGCUUAUCUCUAUUAAUGGAUAUCAUAUCAUCCAUUUUUUUUUUCUGUGCCUCGCGUACAGUGAGCUCCAAGCGUCAUAUCCAGCAACUGAUUGAGCCUCUGAUUGACGUCUGCGACGGUCAAUGCAAGUCUUACGGGGUUGGUGUCAUCGGCAAAGACACAAAGUCUGAAACAUGCAGGUCAGCACAUGAGAUUUUUAUUUCGUCCACAUACCCUUGUUUUUUAUUUAUUUUUUAUUUUUUUUAUUUUUUAUUUUUUUUUUGAAUGAAUUUAUUUGAUUGUAUCUCAACUCUUCAUUGUGCAGCAAUAACACACUAUACGUAUUUAAAACACGUAUUUUGUUGUGUGCUUGCUAAAACGUCUUUUGACCAAAGCCUCCUCUCCCUUGAUUGGACUCAAAAGUAAAUGUCCGCCUUUCAUUUGGCACCGAACAAUCCGAUUCCUUUAAUCACAGCAGCAGCAGUCUGCAGUAAUUAUACAUAAACUUAAUCACAGCAGCAGCAGUCUGCAGUAAUUAUACAUAAACUUAAUCACAGCAGCAGCAGUCUGCAGUAAUUAUACAUAAACUUAAUCACAGCAGCAGCAGUCUGCAGUAAUUAUACAUAAACAAAUAAAAAUAGUCCUUGAAUUCUAAGCUAAGGAGAACCAGUGAACGGUCGAGAAUUUACAACAUAAAACAAUAUUUUUCUUUUAAAGUAGAUACCCCAGACCCACAACUGGUUAGUCCAAAUUAAAACCUUUACUGUAUAGGUUAUUGUUGGAGGAGCACCAUGGAGAGUAAUUAUACGAAAGCGACUUUCCACGCUCUCUGUUUUUUUGUUGUUUUUUUAAUAAAAAAAUGGGCUGGUCCACUGCUUCAGCAUUAAACAGAAACUGACCACAUUCCCCCCCCCCCCGUAAACAGUCAGGAGGCAAUGACAGGCAGUUCCGCCUCACAACAUCAAGAACACAGUGUAGGAAAUGCUCAUUCCUUCCAAAGACAAGCUUUGAAAAGGCACAGUUGAGGUGAAAACACUUCACACUUUUCGUCUAUUGCUUCCUGCCUUUCAAACCCCAGGUCCUGGUACCAUCGCUGAGCAGGCCUUGCAACCAGUGAGGUAUCCCCGUUAAAACCAUGCACAGAAACCUCGCGAACCUCCUUUACAUACAUAGGAGCCAGAAUGAUCAACACAUUAAUCGUGGGCCCUCAAGGUAUAGAAGAAGAGAGAACUAAAACCAUGGUCUUGAUGAUGUUAUGUAACGCGGGUUAUCACCUAGCGACGAAUUAAUUAUCAGAUGUGAAGCAGGGUAUCUGUUAAGUUAUGAUUCCAGUAUAUGUUACGUUAUGAUUCCAGUGUCUGUUACGUUGUGAUUCCAGUGUCUGUUACGUUGUGAUUCCAGUGUCUGUUACGUUGUGAUUCCAGUGUCUGUUACGUUGUGAUUCCAGUGUCUGUUACGUUGUGAUUCCAGUGUCUGUUACGUUGUGAUUCCAGUAUCUGUUAAGUUAUGAUUCCAGUGUCUGUUACGUUAUGAUUCCAGUGUCUGUUACGUUGUGAUUCCAGUGUCUGUAAUCGUAAGGUAAUUCCAGAUGGGAAUGGAAUUCAACAUUUUUUGGGAUAUUUUGUGGUCGAUAAGCGCUUUGUACAAAUUCCCCUGAUUUAAUCAUAUGUUUAUUUCUGUCAUUGGUUACUCAACAGCGCAUUAGGUGAUUUUGAAAACUGCUUAUCUAAUCGUUGUGAUGACGACAGACAACACUGGGAGGGGAAAGUGGAUCAGGCACAAACUAUAUGUGGUAACUAUUUCGUUUUAUUUCAUCCGGUUAUAGUGUUGAUGUAGGGUAUUAAUUACUUUUUUUUUUAUUUGUUUAGAAUCAAUCGCAGGCAAUAAUACAUUUUUUACUAGGCGUUGCAGCACAACGGCAAAACAAUAUGUUAAGCACUUUGUUCUAUUGUGAGAAAUUAAUCUCCUAUUUUAAAUGUAUGGCUCGUUCGAACAGUGCCUAACAAAGGACGAUACCAUAGAAAAAUAAAAUAGCAAAAAAAAAAAGCACCCAAAACAAUUCCAAUUACAAUUAAUAAGAUUUAAUUUAGUAAUAAUACAAUAACAAAACAAAAGAAAUAUAAUCAUAAAUAAUCAACUUACAGAGUAUUGGAAAAUCGUGUACCGGUACACAAUUAGUACAAUGUAACAAUUAAUAAUGAUGAAUGCGAAUAAACACAUAUGAGUACACAAAGAAUAUUACACGUCUCGUGAAGUUAAAAAUAUCUAUGAAUCUAUCUGAAUCUCCGAAACCCCUUAUUUAUAUAGUGGGUCUACCGACGCGUCCACAAACGCCUUUGACAUUGUUUACGUUUUUCGUCUAAUCGAGAAAGUUCCACACGAUAAUAGGAGACAAACUAGCCAUGUUUAAUUGGUAGUCGGCAGUAAACACGAGAAAUCAAAGGAGUAAGCCACGCCAAUCUAUGAACGUAGCGUGUGCUAGGAAGCUAAUUUGGGGUCAAGCAAAGUUCACGCACGGGGAAAAGUGUCCUACAUAACAAAUAGAACACAUUGAAUUCACGAUAUCAGUUCAUCAGUGAACGUAGGGGAAAUGAAACACAGAGAAAUGGCGUUGUUGUAGUGGCGCAGGAGCAACACGGCUUAGGUUAAAUGGCAUCGGUGAAAUGGAGGAGGCGAAUCGUCACAGUUCAGUAUUUCUUGAUUAUUAACAUAUUUAUAGUCUAGGAUGAAAAUGUGGCUUGCGUGGUCAAGGGCGAAGUGUAAGGAUAAUGAGACCAACUUACGUUUAAGAUCGAAUGAGGUAUCUAAAAAAUAUGGGGCAUAGCAGUCACUGGUAUAUUGUAUGCGAUUACAAGACCUGAUAGAAUUUUUAUGGAAAAUAACUUAAUAAAAAGAUUUGGUUCGUUGACUUUAUACGGCAUAAGCCAAACUCACAACUUUUAAUUAGUUCCCAUGUCUUUUCCCUGUUUGGAGUGUAUGUUCUACUUCCAUCCAGUUUCUUUCCGUUGGUCUGAUCUUUGUCUUCGUUUGGGAUUUUUGCCGGUUCUUAUUCUUUACUUUCACUUUUAGGCAUAGGUGGGAUAGAGAAUGUAUAUUAUGUACAUUUAAUUUAUAAUUAUUUUAAACUUUUAUUUCCUGUAUUGAUGAAGGCAUUUGGCCGAAACUUUGGAUUUUUUUGCGUGUUGAUCUUAUCAUAAUUAAAACUUCACAUAAAUCGUUUUAUUGAAACAAAUUAAUUGUGUCUCAUUUAUCUACUUAAAAGAUUUAUCGCAGUCGAACACUUUUAAAUCUAAAUAUCUAACACUUAUUUAACAUUGUCUUUCAGAUGGCUGCAGUGUGCUACACCUCUCUGGCCUACUUGUCUUGCUCUCAGCAAUGCUGAGUUUACUUAUUUAAAGAAAUCCAUUACAUCCAUUGUAUCCAUCAAAUCGAUUGAAUAAACAUUAUUAAAAAAAUCCCAUUCUAUAAAUAUUUGCUGUGAAAACGUUCUUUGAAUCAUAUUUAAAAAAUAAUAUAAAACAAAAUCUACUCGAAAAAAACCCACACCUUGAGGUGGC